UUGAAUUCUAUUAAAGCCCAAUUGAUCUGCAAUCCGUUGUUCAAGAAAGAGCAGUUGGGGGUUGUUACUAUCUUAAUUCUCUCAAUUCAAAGCAUGGAGAAAAAUCCCCUACUGAAAGCAGUCGUUCUCACUCUAGUUAUUCUCUCGAAAUUUAAGGCAAAUGGUCAAAUUAGCACGCCGUGUACAAGUUCAAUUAUCAGCAGCUUCACCCCCUGCUUAAAUUACCUCACCGGAAGCAGUGCAAAUGGGGGGUCGCCGACUGCCCAAUGCUGUGAUUCGCUAAAAUCCCUCAUGACUGACAGCGUUGAGUGUGGAUGCUUAAUAGUAACAGGAAACGUCCCUGUUUCAGUACCUUUUAUUAGCCGACCCUUGGUAAUUUCACUCCCACGAGCAUGCAAAACUGGUGUGCCAUUACGCUGCAAAGCCACUGGCGUUCCUUUACCCGCUCCAGGACCUGCUUUAUUUCGGCCACCGCCGGCACCUGUGGCUUCUUCCCCGCUGAGUCCCAAAGGACCUGCUUUAUUUCGGCCAACGCCGGCACCUGUGGCUUCUUCCCCGCUGAGUCCCAAAGGAUCUACUUUAUCUCGGCCAACGCCGGCACCUGUAGCUUCUUCCCCGCAUAGUCCCAAAGGACCUGCUUUAUUUCGGCCAACGCGGGCACCUGUAUCUUCUUCCCCGCUUAGUCCCAAAGCUUCCAUCGGAACAGUAGUGGCUGCACCAUCUCCAGUUGAAACAACUCCAGACAACAUAGCAGCACCAGCAUCUCCUCCCGUGGUAGCAUUAGGUCCAGUGGCAAAUCCAGGCAUCAGACCGGUGCUCAAACCAUCGGCUUCCAGUCCAUCUCAUGUUUCCCCACCAUAUCUUCUGUCAAUAAUGUUAGGAAUGUUGGUUUUCAAGAGCUAUUGAGUUUGAAACGCAACCCCAUUCCCCCCCCC